CCAACGAAUUCCACUUCAUGUCAUCUUUGGUAUCUGAAAUUACAAUCCCUACCCCUCACCGAACUAUUUUCUCUUUCCUUCCGUCUUCUAGUUUCUUCAUUUCCUUCUUAUUUGGUGGCAAACGGUUUUCUCUGUUUUUCGUAGUGUUGAAUUGAUCUUGCAAUUAUCAAAUUAGGGUUUUUAGCUUUCACGGAGACUGAGAGAGAAAUGGGUAGCCCAAAGAAGGGACAGAGCAAGGGCUUCUUCGCAGCCAUGAAUUCUGGCAUCUCCGUGUUCAGCAACGCCAUGCACCGAUCUGUUGGCGGGUUGCUUGGUUAUGAAGGGGUGGAAGUCAUAAAUCCAGAGGGAGGCAAAGAAGAUGCAGAGGAGGAAGCUCAUAGAGGAAGAUGGAAGCAGGAGGAACGAGAUAGUUACUGGAGGAUGAUGCAGAAGUAUAUAGGUUCAGAUGUAACAUCAAUGGUGACUCUUCCUGUACUUAUUUUUGAGCCCAUGACAAUGCUGCAGAAAAUGGCCGAGUUAAUGGAGUACUCGAACUUGUUGGAUCGCGCAGACGAAUGUGAGGAUCCUUAUAUGCGGUUGGUGUUUGCCACGUCGUGGGCUAUAUCCGUCUACUAUGCCUACCAGCGAACAUGGAAGCCAUUCAACCCUAUCCUUGGGGAGACUUAUGAAAUGGCUAAUCACUCAGGGGUUACAUUUAUUGCAGAGCAGGUGAGUCAUCAUCCACCAAUGAGUGCUGGGCAUGCUGAAAAUGAGCAUUUUGCUUAUGAUGUGACAUCAAAGCUGAAAACUAAAUUUUUAGGCAACUCUCUUGAUGUUUACCCUGUUGGAAGAACACACGUUACUCUUAAAAGAGAUGGUGUAGUCUUAGACUUAGUGCCACCUCCCACAAAGGUAAACAACUUAAUAUUCGGCCGGACAUGGGUUGAUUCACCAGGGGAGAUGAUCAUGACCAAUCUGACGACUGGGGACAAAGCUGUGCUAUAUUUUCAGCCAUGUGGCUGGUUUGGAGCUGGCCGCUAUGAAGUGGAUGGAUAUGUUUACAAUGCUGCUGAGGAACCUCAGAUAUUGAUGACUGGGAAAUGGAAUGAGUCAAUGAGUUAUCAACCAUGUGAUAUGGAAGGGGAACCCCUUCCAGGCACAGAAUUAAAAGAGGUUUGGCAUAUUGCUGAUGCUCCAAAAAAUGACAAAUUUCAGUACACAUAUUUUGCACAUAAAAUAAAUAGCUUUGACACUGCUCCUAAAAGGUUGUUGGCGUCAGACUCUCGUUUGCGGCCUGAUAGAUGUGCACUUGAGAAAGGAGAUCUAUCCAAAUCAGGUGCAGAAAAGAGCAGAUUGGAGGAGAGGCAGAGAGCCGAAAAGAGAGAACGAGAGGCCAAGCAUCAUCAGUUUACACCACGAUGGUUUGACUUGACUGAGGAAGUUACACCUACACCUUGGGGUGACUUGGAAGUCUAUCAAUAUAACAAUAAGUACAAUGAACACCGAGCAGCAGUCGAUAGCUCUGACUCUAUUGAUGAGGUUGAUGUUAAACUAAUUGAAUUCAACCCAUGGCAGUAUGGUAAUUUGUCUGCAGAAUGAGGUAUACCAACCUUUGUGUUACCUUGUUGGAUUGUGCUGCUAGUUCAUUGGAACUUUUAGCUUGUGGAAGCAGUUUGUUGGCCGUUGGCAUGUGUACAUUGUACCCCCAUUCCAUAAUCCUAUUUUGGUUUUGUUUUCCUGUUUGUUACUGAUAUCUCCUAGUGUAUGAAAGAGAGACGGAAAGAAGUAGAAGAAAGGUUAUGUAAGUCUCUUUGGUUAACGCUAUGAUACUCAGGUGAUGCCUUGCCUUGCCAGCUCCUCGGACGUGUGGGAGAAGCAGCUAUGUGCAUAGGGCAACAUCUCUGCUCUGAGUAAAGACUUCCCAUAUGGUGUCAUGCUAAACUUACUGGUCAGUGGUUUCACCCUUCUAAACAUGGACAUGUUUCUUCUUCGCUCUUCAUCAAGUUGA